CGAAUCAAAUAUAAAAAUAAAAUUAAAAAAAUAAAAAAGAAAGAAGAGGGAAGAAAGAAAUACUCCGCGCAUCAUUGACACUCCUCCCCCCGACUUUCCAACUCUGCUAGGCCAGUUCGUCGGCGGCGGAUCUGCCGCCAUCUCCGGCCAUGGCUCAGCCGGAGAGGCCCACUCUCAAGGUCUCUAACAUUCCCGAAUCCGCCAUAGCCCAAGACCUCCUCACCUUUCUCAACUCCAAAUUGGGCCCCGACUCCAUCUUCGCCAUCGAAAUCUUCACCGAACGCAAGAACUGGAAAUCGCGCGGCUCCGGUCGCGUACAGUUCGCCACUCUCGCCGCCAAAUCCAUAGCCCAGUCUCUCUCCGUCCAACACGACCUCGUCUUCAACUCCCACAACCUCAGAUUCUCAGAGACCAACGACGACAUCGUCGUGAGGCCAGUACUCGCCACACACAGGACCCACAACGGGGGUUUGCAUGUGGGUUUUAUGCUGAAAGAGAAUCGGAUGAGUGUUUUGGAGUCCUGGGAUGGAGUCAAAGCCUGGGUUAUGCCCGAGAGGAGGAGGGUCGAUUUCUGGAUAUGCCACCAAGGGGAGACUUACAAGCUCGAACUUAUGUUUGAGGAAAUUCUGGAAUCUACUGGCCUUUCUUUUGGUGGUGAGAAAUUGAAUGCCCUUCUCAUAAAGCUCAAGUAUGUUCCGAGAAUAUACAAGAAGAUUUCUGGAUCAAAUAUGGCUACUAAAUUCAGCAGCACUCGGUACCGUCUUUGCAAAGAGGAUUAUGACUAUCUUUGGGUUAGGACAACAGAGUUUUCUGCUAUGAGAUCGAUAGGUCAGUCAACUUCAUUUUGUUGGGAAAUUGAAGAAGAUUUGCAGGCUUCUGAUGUUUUUUCAAGUUUCCCAUUUUACAAAGAAAACCUGAAAGAUUUUGUGUUAGAGGAGGGUGAGGAAUUUGGCUCUACCUCAGAGAUAGUUCCUCUGAUCAAAUCUGGGUUAGGUUCUAAUCUGGCGUAUGAGGUUCAAUAUCAGCUCAACUCUUUAGUUCAUAUGCAAAAAAUUAGCCUUGCUGCAGCCAACAAUGAUCUGGUUGACUUCCUUAGCACUUUAAGUGUUGAAACUGCUUUGAAUAUACUUCAGAAGUUACACCAGCUGAAGUUCAUUUGUUACGAGCCGUUGUCGUUUCUGAAGACUCAAUUACAUGUUCUGAAAAGGAACUGCAAGAAUCUUCCUUCAUCAUCUCAAAAAAGGUUGUCCAAUAACUUGAUGAAUUGUUAUAGAGCCCUAGUCACCCCAUCAAGGAUUUAUUGUUUGGGACCUGAGCUUGAGACUUCAAAUUAUGUUGUGAAGAACUUUGCAUCAUAUGCUUCGGAUUUUAUGAGGGUUACUUUUGUUGAAGAGGACUGGAGUAAGCUUCCUGCAGGUGCCGUUACCACGAGUAUAGAGCGGGGCAUUUUCUCAAAACCUUACAGAACGGAAAUCUAUCAUCGGGUAAUGACUAUUCUUCGAGAUGGCAUUGUUAUUGGAGCAAAACGGUUUGAGUUCUUGGCCUUCUCAGCUAGUCAACUCCGAUCAAACUCUGUCUGGAUGUUCGCUUCUAAUGACAAUUUGAAAGCUGAAGAAAUUAGACAGUGGAUGGGUUGCUUCGAAAAGAUUCGAAGCAUUUCUAAAUGUGCAGCUAGGAUGGGUCAAUUGUUCAGUUCUUCCAUGCAAACUCUUGUUGUUCCUUCACAAGAUGUCGAGAUCAUACCCGAUAUUGAAGUGAAUUCUGAUGGUAUUGACUAUUGCUUCUCAGAUGGUAUCGGAAAGAUUUCACUUUCCUUUGCAAGGCAAGUAGCCGAUAAGUGUGGAGUGAAUCAUAUCCCUUCUGCAUUUCAAAUUCGAUACGGUGGAUACAAAGGUGUCAUUGCUGUUGAUCGUAAUUCUUUCCGUAAACUAUCUUUGCGUGAUAGCAUGCUUAAAUUCGAAUCAAAGAACAAGAUGCUCAAUGUUACCAAGUGGAGCGACUCCAUGCCGUGCUAUUUAAAUCGAGAGAUCGUUACUCUUUUGUCAACUUUGGGAGUGAAGGAUGAAAGCUUCGAGGCAUUGCAGCAAGAACAACUACAUCUUCUAGGGAGAAUGCUGACCAAUAAAGUAGCUGCUUUGGACGUCUUGGAAAAUUUGAAUGGGGUCAAAUCUGAUAACAUUCUGGUGCAGAUGUUAAACCACGGUUAUGAGCCUAAUAUUGAACCCUACCUCUCAAUGAUGCUUCAAGCACACUAUUGGAACCUGUUUUCGGAUUUAAGAAGUAGGUGUAGAAUAUUUGUACCGAAGGGCCGGAUUCUCCUCGGCUGCUUGGACGAAACUGGUAUUUUAAAUUAUGGCCAAGUUUAUGCCUGCAUAACCUUGACAAAAUCAGAGCUUCAGGACAGGAAUCAGAACUAUUUCCAUAAGAUAGACGAGACGACGUCUAUACUACUCGGGAGGGUAGUUGUUACCAAAAAUCCAUGUCUUCAUCCAGGAGAUGUGAGGGUUCUUGAAGCUAUUUUCCAUGUGGAACUAGAGGAGAAAGGAUUGGUGAACUGUCUUGUAUUUCCUCAGAAAGGAGAGAGGCCACAUACGAAUGAAUGCUCGGGUGGUGAUCUUGAUGGAGAUCUGUAUUUCAUAAGUUGGGAUGAAAAUCUUAUCCCACCCAAAACUGAAGCUCCGAUGGACUAUACAGGACGGAGACCACGCAUAAUGGAUCAUGAUGUAACAUUAGAGGAAAUUCAGAAGUUUUUUGUAGAUUACAUGAUCAACGACACAUUAGGUGCCAUUUCUACUGCACAUUUAGUUCAUGCUGACCGAGAGCCGAAAAAAGCCAUAAGCUCAAAAUGUUUAGAACUGGCAACGCUGCACUCCAUGGCAGUUGAUUUUGCAAAGACGGGAGCACCAGCCGAGAUGCCUCGCGUUCUAAAACCUAGGGAGUUUCCAGAUUUCAUGGAGAGAUUUGAUAAACCAAUGUACAUAUCCAGUAAUGUAUUAGGUAAACUCUACAGGGCUGCUGUUAAGUCAAUUGAGCGAGAAAGGUCAAGACUUGUGUGGUCAGAGGAGACGGCUAGAGCAAUUUAUGAUUGUGAUCUUGAAGUGGAUGGCUUUGAAACUUUCCUCGAAAUGGCUGAAAGUUUCAAAGACAUGUACACUGAGAAAAUGAGCAUUUUGAUGAACUACUAUGGAGCAGAGUAUGAAGACGAGUUAUUGAUGGGCGAUCUUCGAAAUCGAGCAUCUUAUCUGCAACGUGACAAUCGCAAGUAUGGAGAUAUGAAGGACCGGAUUUUGAUUUCAGUAAAGACCCUACGGAAGGAAGUCAGAGAAUGGUUCGAGAACAGCUGCGCCCCACACGAACACAAGCCGAUGGCCUCAGCAUGGUAUCAUGUAACUUAUCACCCUUCUUACUUCAAAGAAGACAUGUUUUACUUUAGCUUCCCAUGGACUGUCUCUGAUGUUCUACUCAACAUAAAGGCAAUGAACUCCAAAAGACAUCAAGCAGAAGAAAGAAACUGCUAGCUGUUUGUAUGUAGCCAAACAUGUCAUUAAUUGCUCUAGGAAAUCCUAUCUUUUUAAACUCUGGCUAACACAGUCCUAAUCCAUAGUACUAAUUUUCAAUCUUUAUGGAGAUUUUUAGAUAUCUUGAAUCAAACAGCAAUUCUUCUUGCUUCUUUUGUUCCCCAUUCCCUUCCCAUGGAAAGGAUUGAAAGGACAGGCCACCUAAAUUUAAAGUUGCUUUCUAUAUUGUCUCUCCCACGAAAAACCAAUCCCAUUGCAGCACAGUGAAAACAAGGGGAAAAAAGUGUCAUAGCCCACUACAGCAUCUGUUCAUCCUUUCCAAUCUAUAUGAAGACACAGCAUAUACAAACAUUGUAUGGCCUUUUUAUUACCCCACUUUAAACAGGCAAACCCCUAAUCAAUAUUAUUAUAUACCCUACUAGGAAGGAUAUAAUUUAAUAUCAAAGAAUAAUUAAAAAAAACCCCUCUAAUUGUAUUGUACAUUGGUCCUCGUCCUUAUGCACAACCGAUCCCAUUAGAAGAAGGAAAAA